CUGCGAGUCAUGGAAGGCUCACACACCGAAGGAUCGAUAGAUAGCCCACGCCGACAGGGCCGAUCAUUGAAUCGGACUGAUAGCCAGAUAUUGUCUAAGAAAGAAAGAAAGACUUUCGAAGGAAGAAUCGUACCUGAUUCCUGGGAGACGGACGCGAUGGUACGUGGCGCUGCCACUGCCAGUGCCACUAAAGUUUCCGACUAGGAUCGAUUCAUUGUUGUUGAAAGGUAGUUGCUUAAAGCUACCCAAUUAUUAGGAGGAGUGAGGCAGGGAUGCACGAAUAUGACUAACUACCCUGUAACCCCCGGAAGGACAGCGAUGAUGUCAUCACUUGGUCAAUUUCAGUCUCUGGAACGAGAGAGUUCGCGGGUGGUUGUCUGAACGUUCAUGUCACUCUAAGUUAUUAUUCGGGUCAAUAAGUUUGGGAGGUGUGGUGGGUGAACCCUGGCCACGAUACUGUCUGC